AUGGAAGCUAAGUACCUACGAGAUUUCAAGAGGGGUGACCCUCGAACAUUUAAGGGGACAUCUGACCAUCCAACUGUGGCACAAAUGUGGUUGAGAUCCAUUGAGACUGUAUUUGGGUUGACCAACUGCCCUGAGGCCCAUAGGGUGGAGUGUGCUACAUUUAUGUUGCGUGAGGAUGCGGAAUUGUGGUGGCAGGCCACCCGUGACAUUAUUAGUCCUGAGGGAGGUGCAGUCUCAUGGGUGGAAUUCAAGAGUGCCUUUACUGAAGAGUAUUAUACAGAGGAUCGAUUUGCCCCAGAGUUGGUGAACACGGACUACAGGACAGCAAGACGGUUUGUGCUGGGGUUAGACACGAAGAUUCGUAAAACUGUUGAGGCAAUUGCACCUGCCACUUAUGCUGCCGCCCUGAGAGCAGCUAAGUCUAUGGAAGGACUUGAUAGUUCGCAUGAAACCCCUUCAUUGUUAGUGGGACAAAAGCAUCGUCACGAAUAUGAAAACAAAUUAGAUGACAAGCCUAAGUGUAAUAAGUGUGGGAAAAAUCACUGGGGUCAAUGUUUAGGUCAUAUUAGAGCCUGUUUUCGGUGUGGAAAGGAGGACCACAUGGCCAAGGAUUGCUCGGGAGGUGGCACAAAGGAUUCUGGGGAAUAG